UCAGAAAUCUGAAGUACUGUUAACUCCGUACAGCUAGACUAGCCGUGAUAGCUGAAGUUAGAAAAGAUCCAGACAAGCCAACCUCUCCUUCAUUCACUGAGCAGAAAAUAACCUAUGGGGCUUAUAUCUUACGGAACAGAGAAUCAAGACCGUUAUUACAGGAAUCGACUUAAGAAGGUCUGUCACUGAGCAGCUCUGCUCGCGCAGACACUCGGAGCGCACGUGGGAAUUUUCACUACGAGAGUUUGUCCCUUAACGUCUGCCGUAGUUGACAAAACGUGCAAGACUGAAAACUGGCUAACUGCUAGUUACCGUUCCUGAUGCCCAGACUGUGACAGUUGCCUGGGGCAGGCGUAUUUGUUUUAUAUUACGAGUUUCUCCUUACCAUGAGUGACAGCGACGAUGACGUCCCUCAGCUUUCAGCUGCUACUCUUGCAGCUCUGCAGGAGUUUUAUGCUGAGAGAAUGACUGAAACAAAGCAGGAACAGCCAGCAGUGACGGACAGCUACACCGUCGGUUCCGUCAAAGAGGACUGGCAUAUGAGCCAGUUUUGGUACAGUGAUGAAACAGCUGCCCGCUUAGCUGAGGAAGCCAUCCGGCAAGCAGGAAAACAAGGGAGGAUAGCCUGUGUCAGCACACCUAGUGUGUAUCAGAAGCUGAAGCAGCUGGAGUCCCAGAGAGAAGAUGAGUCACACUGCGUAUCAUCCGUCCUCUUUGAAUUUGACCGUCGAUUCGCAGCUUAUGGCAACGAGUUUGUCUUCUAUGACUACAACAACCCACUGUGUUUACCUGAACACGUCCUUCCACAGAGCUUUGAUGUUGUGAUUGCAGACCCUCCCUACCUGUCAGAAGAGUGCCUCAGCAAGGUGGCACUGACUGUGAAAUACUUGACCAAGGGCAAAAUCCUGCUUUGUACAGGGGCUAUCAUGGAGGAACAUGCAGGGAUACUCAUGGGCUUGAAGAUAUGCAGUUAUCUACCAAAACACAGUCACAACCUUGCCAAUGAAUUCCGAUGCUAUGUUAACUAUGAGUCAAGCCUCCUCUCCUAAGGGGUAGGUUUGGAAUAGGACCUUAAAACAUUUAGGGUGUGAUUACAGAGUUACUCUACACAUGUGGAAUGAACAGCAUGCAGACAAAUUGGUCAUUUAUUCGCAAUGGAUGAUUUUGUCUGGAAUAUCAUAUCUAUUUUUAAUGAUUUUUCUUCCAAACUAUAUGGAGCUGCUUUUGUCUUUAUUGGUUAUUCAUAACUUGUACAUAUUUAAAAAAAAAUGGCUUUUGUAAACAGUCUACACUGUAUGCAAGCAAAUAAAGUUAUUAUACAUAAUACAGA